UUUCUCAUAUGCUGCGAACCUAAGAGGAUGCCCUGUAUAAGGCGUUUGAUAAAUUACCAAUUAUUUCAGCAGCAAGAAUUUAAAAAUGUGAGUACAAGUGACGAACCAACUGAUCUGAUUAAUGAUUGUACUGAAGCUGCGGUUUACGGAAGCUGUUCCAUAAAUAAAGCAGAUGAGGACCCAUUUAAUAAAUCUUCUGAAUUUUUGCAACUUAAGGAGGAAACUGAAGUACAAGGUCCCUCCAAUGUGAAGAUUUUGCAGAAUAUUGUUUCAUUGGUGAACGAAAGAUGGAAGUUUGAUAUGGGAAGCUUGGCCCUAAAGGAUUUGAAUGAAAAACACAGUAGUAAACCAAAAACUCUACCGAUUACAAGCGACAUUAUCAAAUUUCGGGAUUAUACUACAAGCGUGGCUGACCAAUCUAUGGCUGUAUUAAAAGAAAAUAUUAGGGACCAGAUUUCCUUUAAAAAAUUGACGGAAGCGUCUCUUGUUUUAACAAUUCUAUUAAACAGAAAAAGAGUUGGCGAUGUACAAUACAUAAAACUCAACACAUAUUUAGAGAAUCAAUCUAGUGAUGAGCAAGAAGAAUGCAUGAAGGCUUUGUCGGAGUCAGAAAAAAUGUUAUGUAAACAUUUCAAAAGGAUAGUGACAAUUGGGAAGGGAAGCAAGUGUGUCCCAAUUUUGUUUCCAAAAAACGGACAAACAUACAUCGACACUCUUUUAGACGCACGCAGAGGAAAUGAUUUAAUCCCAAAGGAAAAUCCUUAUCUUUUUGCGGCUAUUGGUACUAAAGAUAAAUGGGUAAACGCAUCACAAAUUCUGCGUAAAUAUUCAGAAAACUGCGGAGCAGCGAAUCCAGGAACCUUGAGAUCUUCUCGUUUACGAAAGCAGAUAGCUACAGUUCUACAAAUUUUACAUUUGAACGAAUCGGAGAAGGAACAAGUGGCAUCAUUCAUGGGGCAUACCAAAAAAACUCAUGAAGAGUAUUAUCGGUUGCCGCAGGAUGUGUAUCAGACUGCGAAAAUAUCUAAAUUGUUAUUAAUAAUGGAAAAGGGAGAAGGAGCUGAUCAUCAAGGUAAAUCCCUUCAAGAAAUUGACGUGGAAUUGGAAGCUAUGAAUGACGAUUGUAAACAAUCUGACGACGAAGGAGAAAAUGAUGCCGAACCGCAAGUGCCAGAAAAUGAUAUUGAAGAUACCAAAAUCAAUGAAGAACCUGAAAUAGUAAUACGAGAUAAAAUAAGAAAUGUUACUGUAACAAACAAGGGGUCAGAAGGAAAUAAACGGGGAAAGUGGAACACUAUACAAAAGAACAUCAUGAAGGAUGUUUUCAAAAAACACAUCAAAAAUAAAAUACCACCUAAGAAGCAUGAAUGCAUGAAGCUAAAGGACGACCAUAAAGAACUAUUUGAGCAGAAAACUUGGGUCCAAAUAAAAGUGUUUGUUUACAAUACCUUUAAAUUUAAAAAAGAAUAACAACCUCGCUCCUAUGAUGUAUUUCAACCGUUUUUUACUGAAUUUGUCUAUUUUAUUUCAAUUUUUAA